AUGUCGUAUUUGGACAAUAUGGAUACAUGGAAUUUACAAAGUAUAUUAUUCAAUUUAACACCCUACUUUUCUACUGCUGAUGGGGUUAUUGAAAGUGAUGAAUUGGCUAGGGACCCACCUACCACUACUUGUGAUGUAUCAAACACACCUAUCACUACUUAUGAUGUAUCAUACCCAUCUACUACUUCUUGUAAUGUAUCAGACCCACCUACCACUACUUGUGAUGUAUCAAACACACCUAUCACUACUUAUGAUGUAUCAUACCCAUCUACUACUUCUUGUAAUGUAUCAGACCCACCUACCACUACUUGUGAUGUAACAGACCCCCUUACCACUACUUGUGAUGUAUCAAAAUCACCUACCACUUCUUGUGAUGUAACAGACCCCCCUACCACUACUUGUGAUGUAUCAGACCCACCUACCUCCACUUGUGAUGUAUCAAACCCACCUACAACUUCUUGUGAUGUAUCAAACCCAUCUACAACUACUUCUACAACUACUUGUGAUGUAUCAGACCCACUUACUACUUCUUGUGAUCUAUAUAACCCACCUACCACUUCUGUUGAUGCAUCAGACCCACCUACUACUACUUGUCAUGUAUCAUACCCACCUACUACUACUGGAGAUGAAAGCGAUCGUGAUGAAAGCGAUAGUGAAGAAGAGAUUAAAGUGUAUAAGAAGAAAGUCCGCAAGUGGUUAGAAGAGGAUAUUGAAUUAUUUAAGAAGGAAUUUGGGGAUAUUUAA